CCCCAGAGCGGGCGCGCCUGCAAGGCAAAGCCCCGCGCCCCCCCGGCCUGAAUGCAUGUAGGCGCCGGCUGCACGGACGCUCCGGGAAGGAUGCUCGGGCUAUAGGCACCUGCCCCUGCUCGCGGCCGGGGCACCAGGCGGAGCCCCCCCUAUGCUGCCCCAGGCAUGAUCUCCGAACGGGGCCGGCUACGUCUCUCUCGCUCCUGCCCCAUGGACUUAGCUGCGGUCGGCGGCCGGAGCUCGUGAGUCUGGGCUGCCCGCCGAGCGGGGCCGGUCCCCGGGAACUGGAGGAUACUGCAACAGCCUCGGGGACAUACAGCAGGCUGAGCUGGAGCCUGUGUGGGACUUAAAAAGGACUUCCAGUUGGUGGUAGCCUGAGGAACUUCCUUUCACUCCAAUGUUGCUCCAAAACUAAUUGUCGCCAGAAUUCGUAACUAUCAGGUUUGCUAAGAUGCCUCAGGAACAGUACGCACACAGGAGUGCCAUGCAGAGCUCAGAAGGCCCGCAGGUAUACAAAGUGGGGAUUUACGGCUGGAGGAAGAGAUGCCUCUAUUUCUUUGUGCUACUCCUAAUGAUUUUAAUCCUGGUGAACCUUGCCAUGACCAUCUGGAUUCUCAAGGUUAUGAAUUUCACAAUUGAUGGAAUGGGGAACCUGAGAAUCACAGAGAAAGGUCUGAAGCUAGAAGGAGAUUCAGAAUUCUUGAAACCUCUCUACGCCAAAGAAAUCCGGUCCAGACCAGGCAAUCCAUUGUACUUCCAAUCUGCCAGAAAUGUUACAGUGAACAUUCUCAAUGAGAAGACAAAAGUCCUUACUCGUCUUGUAACAGGUCCCCAAGCAGUGGAAGCACACAGCCAAAAAUUCGAGGUGAAAUCCCUCUCUGGAAAAUUGCUGUUUUCUGCAGAUGACAACGAAGUGGUCGUGGGAGCAGAGAGACUGAGAGUUUUAGGAGCAGAAGGCACAGUGUUCCCUAAAUCUAUAGAAACUCCCAGUGUCAGGGCAGACCCCUUCAAGGAACUAAGGUAA